UUCAUCAGAGGAAAGUCUACAGCUUCAUUCAUCUGAGCAUUCAGGAGUUUCUCGCUGCUUUUCAUGUGUUUUACUGCUACUUAAGCUGUACAAUGGAGACCCUUAAGGUUUUUGAUUCAAUGCAUUAUCUUCAUAAAGGAGCAAUAGAUAAAGCCAUUGGGAGUGAGAAUGGACAUCUGGAUCUGUUCCUGCGGUUCCUGCUGGGCAUCUCACUGGAGUCCAAUCAGAGACUCUUACAGGAUCUACUGACACACACAGAGAACAGCUCAGAGAGCAUCAGGAGAACUUCACAGUGCAUUAAAGAGAAGAUCAAAGAUGGACAUGGACUCUCCACUGAAAGAUCCAUCAAUCUGUUCCUCUGCCUGCUGGAAGUGAAAGAUCAGAGUCUGUCCAGAGAGAUUCAGGAGUUUGUGAAAUCAGACAAACACUCAGAGAAGAAGCUCUCUCCUGCUCAAUGCUCAACAAUUGCCUACAUGCUUCAGAUGUCAGAGGGGCCCCUGGAUGAGUUUGAUCUGAAGAGAUACAACACAUCAGAUGAGGGUAGAAAAAGAUUGAUACCAGCUGCGAGCAACUGCACAAAAGCUCUAUUGCCCAGCUGUAAUCUCACUGGUCAGUCCUGUGAAAUUGUGUCAUCAGCUCUACAAUCCUCUAACUGUGCCCUGAGAGAGCUGGACGUGAGUAACAAUGACCUGCAGGAUUCAGGAGUGAAGCUGCUCUCUGAUGGACUGAAGAGUCCAAACUGUCAGCUGCAGAUACUGAGGUUGUCUGGCUGUAUGGUGACAGAGGAAGGCUGUGGUUUUGUGUCUUCAGCUCUGAGUUCAAACCCCUCACACCUGAGAGAGCUGGAUCUGAGCUACAAUCACCCAGGACAAUCAGGAGUCCAGCGACUCAGUGACAAACUGAACGAUCCUAACUGCUCACUGCAGACACUCAAUGUGGACCAUGGAGCAGAGUUCAGGAUUACAGCAGGACUACGGAAGUAUGCCUGUGAUCUCACACUUGACCCAAACACAGCACACACUCAAGUCAUCCUAUCUGAGGACAAGAAGAUGGCAAAGCAUGCGAAAGACCAUCAGUCGUAUCCUGAUCAUACAGAGAGAUUUGAAUGUCUUCAGGUUCUGUGUGGAGAGAGUCUGACUGGACGCUGUUACUGGGAGGCUGAAUGGAGCGGGACGGGAACAGAAAUAUCAGUGUCAUAUAAAGGAAUCAGCAGGAAAGGAGGAAGUGACUGUAUGUUUGGAUUCAAUCAAAAGUCUUGGAAUCUGAGUGGCUUUUAUAAACGUUUCAUUGCCUGUCACGAUAAUAACAGCACUGAUAUACCUGCCCUUUCAUUUUCAUCUAAUCGAGUAGGUGUGUAUCUGGACUGGUCUGCUGGUACUCUGUCCUUCUACAGCGUCUCUGACACACACACACUCACACACAUACACACAUUCAACACCACGUUCACUGAACCCGUCUAUGCUGGGUUUGGGAUUUAUUAUGACUCAUCUGUGACUCUGUGUCACAUGGUACAACAAGGAUAUCAAACAUAAAAAUAUGAAAGAAAAAAAUAUUUACAACAUAUUACAUACAACAUUCCUACAAAGGUAUUAGAAGAAGACACUUUCUUACUCCAGGACCCCUGGGGGUCUCUUAGUGUUUCAAUGAAACUGUAAUGUUUAAUUAUCGCACGGGCAUAACGUUAUUUUAUGUUAUUUUUCUCAGUUUUGUACAUAAUCUCACUGAAAAUGCAAGCGCUGUACAUGCUGUUUUCUAAAGGAAUUUACAGACAGCCACUGAAUAACUCUUGACAGCAAAUCCUCAUUGUCACCUCACAGGGAAAGCAGGUCAGAAAUUAAUUGGGGAUUCUGUUAUUUUGCCUUCAAAAUUCAAGAUAUGGUUGUAAAAAAUGCCACCUUUAUGAGUUAUUGUCUGUAUAUCUAUGUAUAUAUAUAUGUAUGUAAACAUAGUUAAACAAUGCUGUUUUCCUGAAUAU